UCAAAUGUAACGCGAGAAAUCUGUCAUUCACUCAGUCUUUGGUUUCAUUUUAAAUAAUAACAGUUUCAUCAGCCACGAUUUACGUGAGCAGAGUGCAAGUGCUAACAUGCAAGUGAUAAGAAAAACGCUUAAUCUCCACUCGCCUGGAACUAUCUUCAACUCAUUUGUCAGUCGCCGUCAUCAGCUUGCAACUGCUCGCUCGGUAGCAGCGGUAACAGCAGUCGCAAGCCGAACGAUCAGCAGCACCGGUUCCAGCCGCAGCAGCAGUGGCGACCGCGAAUGGAGCCGAGGUCAAUGCGGUAAUAAAUCGAACAGCGGCGGUAGGUUUGUUGGUACUGCUUUGACCGGUUUGAUUGGGGGAUUUUAUUUACGACCACCAGCCGAAGAUGAAGAAUUCCAAGCCGGAGGACGCCUGCGGCGGUUUUCGUUGUUCCCUAGCGUUGCGGCUGCCACCAAAGGGCAGGAUCUGAAGGGGCGGCGGGCGAUGUACAACUUCAUUGCCGACGUGGUGGACGUUUCGGCACCGGCUGUGGUGUACAUAGAGAUCAAGGACACUCGACAUUACGACUUUUUCUCCGGACAACCGAUGACCGUUUCCAACGGAUCCGGAUUUAUCAUCGAACAGGAUGGAUUGAUCUUGACGAACGCCCACGUGGUGAUUAGCAAACCGAACGCGAUGGUCACCGUGAAGCUGCUAGAUGGACGAACUUUCCCAGGGGUCGUGGAAGACGUAGAUCCAAAUUCGGACUUGGCCACGGUUCGGAUCAAGUGUAACAAUCUGCCGGUGAUGAAGCUUGGCAAAUCGUCGGACCUCCGUUCCGGCGAAUGGGUUGUCGCCCUGGGUAGUCCCCUAUCGCUGAACAACACCGUAACGGCCGGCGUGGUAAGCUCCACACAACGUGCCUCGCAAGAACUGGGCCUUCGGGGCAAGGACAUAAACUACAUUCAAACGGAUGCGGCCAUCACGUUCGGGAACUCCGGUGGUCCGUUGGUCAACCUGGACGGGGAAGCCAUCGGAAUCAACAGCAUGAAGGUGACGCCCGGAAUCAGCUUUGCCAUCCCGAUAGAUCACGCCCGAGAGUUCCUGCAGAAGGGAGCCGAUCGGCGGAAAGCAAAAGGUUUUAGUACCGAGAAGAUUCCCGUUCGGCGGUACAUGGGAAUCACGAUGCUGACGCUAACGCCGGAGAUAUUGCGGGAAUUGAGACAGAGGAGUCACAAUGUGCCGGAUAACGUACGAAGCGGAAUACUGGUGUGGAAAGUGAUUCUGGGAUCACCGGCGCAAGUUGGUGGUCUCUAUCCCGGAGACAUCAUCACCAGCAUCAACGGAAAACCAGUGAAAAACUCAGCCGACGUAUACGAAAUGCUGUCGGGAAAGGAUCGCGUCCUAAACAUCACCAUCUUCCGUGGCGUUGAAGAGUUGAAGGUUCAAGUGACUCCCGAGGACCCGGAGUAAAAGCAACACCGUCCCUUAGGAUAGAGCAAAACGCACAUACCGGACGCACCUGGUUCUGGACACAGCACAUAAUUUAUUUUCUUUAUUUCGGAAAAUAGAUACAGAAUUGUACAGUUUGUUACACUGCCUGUGGAAUAUAUAUAUUUUUUACAACAAUUA